UACAGGAGAUGACCAGAGACUGCGGACACAGUACAGGAGAUGACCCAGAGACUGCGGACACAGUACAGGAGAUGACCAGAGACUGCAGACACAGUACAGGAGAUGACCAGAGACUGCGGACAGUACAGGAGAUGACCAGAGACUGCGGACACAGUACAGGAGAUGACCAGAGACUGCGGACAAAGGUACAGGAGAUGACCAGAGACUGCGGACAGUACAGGAGAUGACCAGAGACUGCGGACAGUACAGGAGAUGACCAGAGACUGCGGACACAGUACAGGAGAUGACCAGAGACUGCGGACAAAGUACAGG